UGGCGUUGUAAACCGGAAUUUCAAGUUGUAAACAAGUUACAAGUUUCUAGAAUUGCCAAAUACAUAUUAAAUUCCAACCCAAAACUACUAAUAGAACUGUUUAAAAAUAGUCACCAAGUCAGUUCGAGAUGUCUAUUGUGAAGGCUGGAUACCUCAAGCGACAUAGCAAGAGUUGGUUAUCAGGAGGAUGGAAUCAAUGUUAUGUAGAGAUUUUAUCAGAUAGUAUGUUAUUUAUCUAUAAAAAACAAGGUGAUCCACCUAAAGGAAAAGUCUUUAUGAAGGAAGUUGCAAAACAUUUUGCAUUUGGUGUACAUACCAAUGAUAUGCCAGAUAGACCACAGUUACCUAGUGGUAGUAGUAUAGACUGUGUAUUGGCUAUACCAAUGAAACCUAGCCAUAAAGCUAAAAUACACUGGUUAUUAUGUUCCUCGGAGUCAGAAUUACAUGAUUGGAUGGCAGCCAUAUGUAGUACACUUCCUCCACCCAAGACAAAAUCAGGUGGCCAGCAACAGACACCGCCACAUCAACAACCACAACCACAAAGUAAUAUGGUUGUACCAGAGAAACGAGAUAAUGUAUCAUCAGGCUACCCACAAAACAGUGCACCUGUUGGAUUUGCUGCUUAUCAAGGUGCUCCACAACAGUACCCACAAUACCCACAGCAAGGCUAUGCACCACCGCCACAAGGAUAUGCCCCACCUCCUCAAGGAUAUGCCCCUCCUCCUCAAGGAUAUGCCCCUCCUCCUCAAGGAUAUGCCCCGCCUCCUCAGGGUUAUGGCCCGCCUCCUCAAGGUUAUGCUCCACCUCCACAAGGUUACCAACAAUACCCGCAACAGCAGUAUCAAGGUUAUCCACAACAAGGCUAUCCCCAACAGGGUUAUCCUCAACAGGGUUAUUACCAACAGCAACAACCUGGAGGUUAUCAACAGCAACCUCAAGUAGUAUAUGUACAAGGUAAAGACAAGAAAAGUAAAGGUAUAUUAGGAGGUGGUAAAGCAGGCACAGCAGCAGCACUUGUCGGUGGAGCUGCAUUAGGUUAUGGUGCUUCCAGAAUGGUAGGAGGAAUGUUUAGUCCAUUUGGUGGAUAUGGUGGAUUUGGUUUUGGUCGUCAUGGAAGUUGGAGCUCUUUUAGUAGCAUGGGUAGUUUCGGUAGCUGUGGUAGUUUUGGAAGCUGGAGUGAUUAAUUAUUCGCUAGUAGUAGUACUAUAUGCUUUAGGAUUUAUUUCCUUUAAAAGUUAGCUGAUAAUGUAUAACAACAAAACAAGCAAAAACAAGAAGAAAUAGUUCAUUGAUAGGAAUUUCCAUUACUUAAAGAUGCAUUAUGUAAGAUUUAGAUAAAAAAAAAAUACCCUGACAGUUCUGCCUAUAAUAGUAAAAAAAUUGCUCAUAAUGAAAGGAAUAUGUUCAUUAUGAGCAGAGUUAUUGCCCUUCGAAGAACUGUGUAGUCUUGAUUGUCAAUGCUACCAUUGUCACGAUAAUAAACAAAGUGUCGAAUAUCCAUUUUUUAAUUAAAUUAUUAACUAGUAAUCGUCUUUAAAUCCGUUGAAAAUCUAAACCAUCUGAUGGUCUAGGAAGUUGAUUAUGGGCUUGGCAUGUGAAUAAAUGUCUAAUUUAUAUAACAUUUGAGGCCAAGUAAAAGAUCUGCAGUAGGCAGAUUUAAAUUUAAUUCUUUGUGUAUUUGCAAUCUGUUAAUGCAGAUAAAACAAAAUUGAUUUCAUCAGUGGUUAAUCUUCUUAAAUCAUGCACACAAUAUACAUCCAAUAGAGAAAAAUGCAUUUACAAUUAUCAAUUUAUUAGUGUUUACAGUUUAGUAUGUUCUCAAAAUCAAAAAGAUUUUUUAGGUCAUCGCAUAGUUUUGAAUAUGUAUUUUAAUGCACAGUUAAUAAAUGAACAGUUCAAACAUAUUAUUAGCACUUUUGAUAUUGAUAUAAAUGUUUUGAAUAUAAAAUAUAUGUUAUUACUACAGCCUUUUAUAUUCUUAAAAUUUAUUGAUCAGUAGUUAGAUAUUUUCUAUCAUAUAUUGUUGAACUUCAAUUUUAUACGUUAUAUUUUUGAAAAAUAUUUUGAUAAUGAUAAUAUUGUUCUGUUAUGCAUUAUUGUUAAUGCAGAAUAUUAUUUAUGUUGUGUAAGAUUAAACCUAGUUUUAGUUUUAACCUUUUUUAAUUUCAUAUUGUUAAUUUUAAGUUUCUCCCUUUUUCUUCUUUUAAAUAGUACAAUAUAUGUCAUAUUCCUGAAGGAAUGGCCCGAGAAAUCCCUCUCUGGCCGUUACUGGAUUGGCUUCUGAUACUUGAGCUUUUGAGAGAGAGUUUCUAUUCUUUCCGUUCAAUCAAAUCUCUCCUAAGUACAGCAACAUGACAGCCCUUCGUUUAAUCUGGGGUCUUCCCUAAAACUUUGGACAGUGAUUUAAGGUAUGAAAAACGGUGAAAGUAUUGUUUGCCUCCAAACAGUAUUGUUUACAUUGUAGCCGUUUUGAUAGCCAUGUUUGUCAUGCAAUUAGUUUUUCUGCAAUAUUCUGCUAUGCUCUGGUUAAUCCCCCAUAAUGAAUUUCUUAAGUCAUGACGUAACGUUCUGUAAAAAUAUUUGGAGCUUUGUUUAAACCCAAAUUACGCAGUUAGAUAUUGGUUGUUAAUCCGACUAUUGACCAGUCAUAAUUAUUUGGACUACCAAUUUGCUUUCAUUAAUGCCAGUGUUGAGUGGGAUUAGGUUUAAUCAAACGAAACACUGCGAGGAGUAUGAGUAUAUGUAUAUAGAUGUAUUAUAUAAUAGUAUGAUAAUGUCAGACUUAGAUGAAAAUCAUGUUGUUUCUACUGGGACUUUACGUAGAAUAAUAUAGGAUAGUAAUUGUAAUGAUUCGAAAAAAAUUAGUUAAAAAAAAAAAACAAUAUGAACAGUGAUCUGAUAGUUUGGUUCAUCUAUCUGAGAUAAUAUUUCUCAGACAUUUCCUGCGCUGGAAAAUCGUUGCUGAAUUAAAUGAUCUUGAGAUAUAAAUGUAUAGAUUUAGACGGUAGAGUACAAUGAUCUGUUAGAAAAAUUUUAUAUCUAGUCAUAAUGUGUUGCCAGAUUUAAGAUCUUUAUUUACAUUUCUUUCAAUUCACAUACAGAUUCUUUCAAAUUAAGACUUCAGCUAUGCACAUGUCUAUAGUAUCAAUAUUAUAUAUGUUUAAAUAUUGGUUUAGAAAUUGUAUAUACCAGUACACAUUUAUCAUAGGGUAUAAUUUUACUUACUCUGGAUAUUUCAAUAACUUUAUUUUAUUUUGUAUUUCAUUAUACACAAAUAUAACCUUUAGUUGUGUAAAAAUCAAUGUCAAAUUUAAAUCUUAUGAAUGGAGCCAAUAGUUGGAAUGCAACUUUUUUUGUGGUUUAGUUGCUAUCAUUGGAUGAUGGAAUGUGUAUAUUCAAAUUUGUUAUGAGCAUCAUGGAAAUUACAACUACAUCAUGUCUGUAGGCUUAGACUUACUUACUAGUAGAUUUAUAUUGAUAUAAUUAAGUUUUACCAAACUACUAUAUUGAUUAGUCAACUGGUUGAUUUGUUCAAAUUACCUUUGUAAAAAUAUCAACAAUUAUUUAUCACUAAAAACAAUCAUGUUUCGGAGAUACUAAUUUUAGACCGUAUUUGUGUUCAGAACUGUGCUAAUAUUUCAUUUCUUCAAAACUGUUGUUGAUAAAGAGAAUUUAUAUGAAUGUGAAUAAAUUUUAGAUGAAUAUUUAUAAUCUCUUAAAGAGAUUCUCUUUGUGUGUAAAAAUCAAAUAUUUCCUAAUCCAACUACAUAUUAUUGUUGAGUUUAAGAUAAGAUUUAUACAAAGUGUAUCAUUCUUUGUAUUGGGUCAAACUGAUCAGCAGUAAAUAUUCACUUGACCGCUACUAUCACUGAAAAGGAUGACAUCGGGGCAAGUUAAUUAACUCUCAAUAUUAUUAACUUUUUGCUUCUACAAAUUAAAUUCUAAAACAAUAUUCUAAUUAAAGUAUAUCUGGGUAAAAAAUAUUCCCAAUUUAGUGUAAAUGUGUACAUAAAAUAGUACAUGGUGUAAAAUGGUUAAAAGGCACCAAUUCUGCCUGGAUCAAUUUGUGUUACUACAUCCGAUGUAAAACAAUGCACAUUAUCCAGGCUGUAUAAUGUGAGGUCACAUUUAGGCCUAUAAUGCAUGUGAACUUAAAGGAGCUAAAUCGCUAAUAUUCCGGACCUAGAAAUUGACACUUGUUUCAAAUAGUGCCAAAAUGCAUUAUGGUAAAAUGUUUAUUUUGUCUUGUAUACAAUUCAAAAAAGUAGGGGAUAUUGAAAUGCAAAUACCUAUGCAGGUUGUCAUAUGAUAAACUUGACAUGCUUUGAGAGUUAUGUUCACAGAUGAACUUACUGGCCUAACAGAACCACUGAGCUGCACAUGCGACACGCAAUAGUGCCAUACACAUGGGAGGGGUUCAUUGUCAAAUUUGACACUUCAAGGAAGGGUUGAUGAAAACUGCCACUUGCUUGACAAUUUGUGUUUUCAAUGUUGAAGAAUUUGGAUGAAUUUGAGUUAGAGGCUUAGUUACUUUAAAGGUCAGUCAUCUUCUACAGAGUUAAAAGAAGGCUUCCACAUUACCAUUACCGUUGUGAAACAGAUCGGUAUUGGGUAUGUAGUAGAAAACAAAACACAAAGAAAGAGUUUGAUUCAGUAAAAAAAAUUUUAUGUAUUUUUUUAGAUUUCUUUUUUUCAUAUCAGUCUUUCAAUUUCUAUUUUUAAUAUAUUUGAUGUUUUAUUUGUUAUUUAUUCCUGUAAUUCUGUUUGAUUUGAAACUUGUUAUUAAUAUAAGCUUUGUUCCAUUUUAAUUUGUUUAUUUAUAAUUAUUAUAUAACGUGUAAUAUUUAUAAUCGGAUAGUGUAAAUGCAAUUGUUAUUAAUAGAGUAUUUCAAUUUAUUGGCUUGGCUAUUAUGUAAUAUCAUUUUUACUGCAAAAAUAUCUUAUUCUUUUCGCCCCAAGUAUAAAAGAUGAUGGCUCUGAAACAAGAUCAAUCUUUAAAUUUGAUGCACAGUUAAGGGCCAUCUUUUUGAAACACAAAAUAGUGGUCACAUAGAAUGCUGUUUUCACCAUUCAAAUAUUGUCAUUGUUUGAAUGCAACUGUUCAAUAAAUAAUUCAAUAUUU